CCCGUGACGGGCGGAGCGGAGCCUGCGCGCCGCUGGCGGAAGCGGCGGCCCCGGCGGAUGCUGGCGCUGCGCGGCCCGCCCAGGUGAGGCCGCGGGGGCCGGGGGAGGGGGUCGGCAGCGCCGGGCGGGCUCGGCCCUGAGCGUACCGACAUGGCUGAUGACAACGAGGACCUGCAGGCCGACGAGGAGCUCCCGGCUCCGGCUGAGGACGGCUUCGAGCAGCUGGAGAACGACAGCCCCGCCGAGCGCAGCGGGCACGUGGCCGUCACCGACGGGCGCUGCAUGUACGUCUGGGGAGGCUACAAGAAUGCCCAAGUUAGGGGAUUUUAUGACUUCUACCUGCCUAGAGAUGAAAUAUGGAUCUACAACAUGGAAACUGGAAGAUGGAAGAAGUGCAAAACAGAAGGAGAUGUUCCCCCUUCCAUGUCUGGAAGUUGUGCAGUGUGUGUAGACAGAGUGGUGUACCUGUUCGGAGGACAUCACGCGCGGGGCAAUACCAACAAGUUCUACAUGUUAAAUUCCAGAUCCACGGACAAAGUGCUGCAGUGGGUCAGAGUAGAGUGUCAGGGGGUCCCCCCUUCAUCAAAGGACAAACUUGGCGUUUGGGUUUACAAAAACAAGCUAAUAUUUUUUGGAGGCUAUGGUUAUUUUCCUGAAGGGAAGCAACGGGGAACUUUUGAAUUUGAUGAAACCUCUUUUUGGAAUUCAGGUCUUCCAAGAGGGUGGAAUGACCACGUGCAUGUUCUGGACACUGAAACUUUUACCUGGAGCCAGCCUAUAACGACGGGUAAAACUCCGUCCCCACGAGCAGCCCACGCCUGUGCUACAGUUGGGAACAGAGGCUACGUGUUCGGCGGCAGAUACAGAGAGUCCCGAAUGAACGACCUUUACUAUCUGAAUUUGGAUACGUGGGAGUGGAAUGAAAUAAUCACGCAAGGCAUUUGCCCGGUCGGCCGAUCGUGGCAUUCUUUAACGCCAAUUUCCUCAGAUCAUCUCUUUCUCUUUGGAGGAUUCACCACUGACAAGCAGCCAUUGAGUGAUGCUUGGAUUUAUUGUAUCAGCAAGAAUGAGUGGGUUCAGUUUGAGCAUAACUAUUCCGAAAAGCCAAGGUUGUGGCACACGGCUUGUGCAAGCGAAGAGGGAGAGGUGAUCGUCUUUGGGGGCUGUGCCAACAACCUACUUGCCCAUUCGAAAGCCGCUCACAGUAAUGAAAUACUCGUGUUUUCGCUACAGCCAAGAUCUCUUGUAAGGCUGUGCCUCGAAGCAGUCAUUUGCUUUAAGGAGAUGUUGGCCAGCUCCUGGAAUUGCCUCCCCAAGCACUUGCUGCACAGCGUCAAUCAGCGGUUUGGAAGCAACAACACCUCAGGCUCCUAAGCCCUCUGCACUGCCCUCUCUGAACAGGCAGGGCCUGGAUGAGCAAUUCCCAGAUGUCGUAAUUGUACCGAGUGUGGCGAGCGUUAACGCUGUAUAGAUGAAAUAGCUGUACUGUAGGUAGCCGCUUCCUGCCUUUAAGUUGCAUGUGAAUGGCCUAGAGAGAACCUAUUUUUGUGUAAAGAUGUUUGCAAUAAAUGUAUUUAAUGCAA